CAUAAACUCGCGCUGGCUCUCCAGUACCCUUUUCUAAAUUCCUAACCCCAACACGAGUGGGCAACGAAAUGGCUGAACCUAACGGGGUCACGGCGGACGUGGACGCACCUCCAAAUCCUCAACAAUCCGUAAGUAACGAAACCUCAGCUUCACAACCUCCAAACUCCCAAGGAGAGACAAAAUCCUCGGACAACACAAACGGCAACAUGGAGGCUCCUGGGUCAAAAAAGCCUCGGGAUGCGCGCAUCAUUCAUCUGAUUCUUUCCUCCCUGGGCGUAACCUCCUACCAAGAACGGGUCCCACUAAUGCUCAUGGACUUCGCGUACCGCUACACCUCCUCUGUCCUUCAAGAUGCGCUUCUAUUCUCCGAUGCGAUCAAUGGCACGGCUAACACUGGCGGCACCAAUCCCCCCGCUACGAUCACAAUCCAAGAUCUUCGUAUGUCGGUCGCUUCUCGCAUAAACCAUCAGUUCAACACUUCGCUGCCAAAGGAGUUCCUGCUAGAGAUUGCUCAGGAACGGAAUAAGGUUGCGCUGCCUACUGUCGGCAAGGAAUUCGGUGUUAGACUUCCGCCCGAGAAGUACUGUCUCACUGGCAUCAAUUGGGAUUUAUCUGAGACCCGCGAGGAAUGGAUGGAUGAGUCGGAUGAGGAACCCGAGCCGGAGAUCCCUCGCCCUGCGUUUUCCGGCGGUGCGGUGGUCGAUGGGCCCGGAGAGGGAAUGGAAUUGGAUGAUGUGUUUGGCGCUGGUGGACAGGAUGGUGACGCUGGGGAUAGUCUUAUGAUGGAUGCUUGAAGUCCGGGGGAGAGGGGAGGGAUAUAUACUCGAUACAUUUCGACGAUCCGGGUUUGUUUGUUAUACAUAGGACGGCGUUUCAGGGACAUUUCCUUACUGUAGCCCGAUUAGUUUUUACUCGAGAAUAAAUGGAAUAACGACCACCACUCCAAAA